AUGACCUCACUUCUCCGCCGCGUCCGGAGCAUCACCGCUGGGCGACACCGCUUUCAACCCUGCCCAAUCUGCGGCUGGAACGGCGAUAUCGACUACAUACUGCAGAAGCCGCCAGACCUACCGGGCCAUGUGGGCCACCCAAGCGGUGCUGAGACGGGCUGGUCGCCGCCAGGAGUUACGGGCUGCGUGUCGUGUGAGGUCCGCUCCAAGUUGGCCACGUUCACCGUUCGCGGUGACCUGCUAGGGCUCGUCAAGGUGACGAAUCCGCUCCCUGGAAAGUUCGAGGUGCACGUGCCCGGGGAAGAUGUCCUCGAGUUUUCCUUGUUUGCGCCAGGCCACAACGAGAACGAGCUGAGGAGACCGCUGCUGGAGGGUGACACAAGUUCAAAUACGACGCUGGCAUUUAUCAGAAGACAGCUCGAGGCGUGCUUGGAAGGCCACGAGAGGUGCCACCGCCCUAACCCAUCUUUCAGGCCCAGCAGACUUGUGUACGUCGGCUCGUCCGAGUCCAAUUGCGACAUUGCCCUGCGCACCAGAACUGGAAUACCAGCCGGUGCCCGGUACGCUGCUCUGAGCUACUGCUGGGGGAACGUUGUCCCAGUGUGCCGUACCACACGGGACAGUCACGGCCAGAACAUGGUGUCGAUCGGUGUUAGUACAAUACCAAAGACGUUCAUCGACGCCUUCCAGGUGGUCAGACGACUCGGCCUGGAAUACAUCUGGAUCGAUGCCCUCUGCAUCAUGCAGGACGACCCUAUAGAUUGGGCGACUGAGGCAGGGAACAUGUACGACAUCUAUCACAACGCCCACGUGGUUAUCGCUUCAUUGCAUGGCAAGGAUGCGAACAGCGGCCUCUUCUGCAAAACCGAGCCAACCGAUAAAUCGCUUCAAUUUCACCUCACCGAGUUCCGACAUGGCCUGCGCAGGAACUCACCGUCUGCUCGUUUCGUCUGGCAUCGGGUCGUGUCGCAGUAUAUGGCUCGCGACAUAGGCCGGCACAUGGACAGACUCAUUGGCCUGGGAGCAGUGGCGCAAUGCGUUGCCAAGGCGAAGCCAGGGCAGUCGUACUGGGCUGGUUUGUGGUCAGACUCCUUCAUCGAAGACCUCAUGUGGCGGCAUAUAAGUCAAAAGAAGAUCCGCGACGUGAGUGAUCAUCCCGAACCGCUGAGGACGCUCAGGGGCUGGCCUAAGAGGCCGGCGCCGGACUGGUCGUGGGCAUCCAUCGAAGGGCACGUGGAGUGGGCAGAUUUAUGGACCGAGACGGCCAAGCAUACUCUCGCGGACGUGGUUCAAGUGCAAGUGGAUAACAUCCCGGCAAAUAACCCGUUCGGUAUGGUAGGCUCAGGAUCUUUGAAGCUCAGGGCACACUUGCUGCCUUGCACCGUCGGGCCUAUGGUGAGGAUGCGGGAGACACGGGUGGCAGUGCAUAUCGGAGUGGGCGGCAGGAGCAUCGACGGCGAGAAGAACAAGGUCGACGACUUCUCACCGCACUGCUGGUCCGACGGGAGAAAGAGGAUGGUCGAGACUCGGGCGUGUACAAGAGGAUUGGCUUCGUAG